AUGAAUUACCCAUCGCUCGCCAAAUACACUGCCCUUUUCGGUUCCCAAUCGGUGGAUGAAAGUCCGGGUAAACAUCUACAUGACUUUAUCGUGGCUCAUCCUCUUGUGAGAUUCAUUCGUUUGCAAUGGCAGGACCAUUCUGGAAUAGUGCGCGCCCGUAUCAUCAUGCCCAAACGCUUGCUGGCCCUGACGAAAGCACUUAAACCUGUCCAUACACCUCCAAUUGCCUUUCACUGUAUCGUCGACAACAACCUUGUCCCUGGCCUGGAUCCAACGGGUAGUCAUUAUUUGAUCCCUGACUGGGCAUCGUUGCGUCUGACGCCCGCACAGCCACAUUAUGCCACUGUUAUGUGUGGUGUGAUUGGCAACACGCCAUCGCGUCUACUGCCUAACCUAGACCUCUGCCCACGCCUUGCCCUGGCCAAUGUCAUGAAGACUGCUGCUGAGCGUUUUGGCAUUGAGUUCAAGGUGGGUUUCGAAGUUGAGUUCGAAGUUCUACGACGUGUUUCUUCCACCUCUUCCACAAUUGAUGGAGAUGGUUAUGACUUGAUGCCAGCUGCGGAGGGACUAGGGCGUUACGCGAUUGACGGCUUGCGGGAUCCAAUCUUCUCAUACAUCGAAGAGGUCAUCAUCGAGCUACUUGACCAUGGCGUUGACAUUGAGGCUGUGCAGACUGAAGGUCGGCGCGGUCAGUAUGAGCUAUCAUUAGGACCACGCUCGCCUCUGGAGGCGGUCGAUGAACUGAUUUUGGUUCACGAUACGCUCAAAACAAUGAUUGGUCGCCAUGGGCUUGUGGUAACCAUGGCGCCUAAGCCUUUUGCAGCCCGGCGCCAGGCUACUGGGCAACAUACCCAUAUUUCUAUCUCCGAUGUCACACAUGAGCGAGAGUUCCUUGCUGGAAUUCUGCAUCGCCUUCCAUCCUUAUGCGCGACGUGCAUGCCCUAUGACCUCUCAUAUGAGCGCGCGCAACCGUAUCUUGGUGGCAACAGGGUUGCGUGGGGGACUGAAAACCGCGAGGUUCCUAUUCGAAAGAUACGCCCUGGCCAUUGGGAAGUGAGAUGCGUUGAUGCGACUGCCAAUAUGUAUCUGGCCUUGGCAGCGAUACUGGGAUCUGGCCUCUUGGGCAUUGAGCAGCAGCAGCGGUUAACAUGGCCCGACACGGCGCUUCCUGUGCGUCACUGCAUGGACACUGAUUGCUCUGAAACAAAGGCUACGGCGCCGAACUCUGAUCUUCCAAGAACCUUGGAAGAAGCGCUGCAGCAGUUGGAAAUAUCAUCCUCAGAGUUGGGCACGAUAAUGAAUAGUGAGAUUUUGCAGCACUACCUGUUCGUGAAAAACUUCGAGGCAGCUCAAAUUGCGAAGAAGGAUCCACAACAAGUGCGAAAUCUUUUGAGUGCGCUGUUCUAA